CACAUCACUAUUUAGUGUGCCUGCUACUGUUUGCUUGGCUUGUUAAUCGUCUUCAUGCCUUCUGCGAAAAUAUUUCUUACUUUUGUAGUGGGUGAUUGAGAAAGGAGCCCAAGCAGAAGGCAGAACACAGAUGGAGCAGUUGACUUGUUCUUGUUCAUUUCCCUUUCCGCAACGAAUAGAAUCCAAUUAAUUAAUUUGGGUGUAUGCUGAUUGAGAUAGUUAAUCAAUUGGGUAUGUAGACCAUGGUGUUGGUAGCAUGGGGUGGCCACAUCCAGCGAGGGUGGCGUUCUGUGGAUUUGGCGCCCCCCAUCCCAGCAGCACAUGGGAGCCGGUGUCUUCGGGAAGAGCUGGGUCUCCUUGCCGGCGACCUCACCAUCUUGCCAGCGACUUCAACUUCACCAGCCCAUCUACAGAAAAUUGGCUGCGUUCACAAUAGUGAUGUGAUGGAGCUAAUGAGAGGGCUCAUAAAUCAGCUUAGUGAGCUUAUAUCUUGGUUGGGCACACAUGACCUUGGUCCGAGGAGCUUGGGACUUUCCCACAACUUGUCUAGAUACAAGCUGAAAUUCAGUCCUAAAAAGGUGAGGAAUUCAUGGGCUUGUAACAUGGAAAAAUAAUUGUAAGUGUAGUUUCAGGUAAGAACAUGCCGAAUAUAACAGCCGAAGAAGGAAGGGACAUGAGGCUGUAAUGUCUUUUUUAUUCCCAUUCCUUUCAGGAAGUCACAGCUAGGAGUGGUGGGUGGACAUAUAACUGUCUGUUAGCCCUUUUAUGUGUUUCUGAAUGAAGUGGGAACUAAUGCUAGAUUCUUUUCCUGAUACAUAAUUGAUAUGUACACUUACCACACUAUCGUGAUCACAAAUGUUUACAACUGUCUGAAUCGUGUGAUUGCAAAGUAGAACCCACAUGAUUGAUACUGAUGAUGUAAUGUGUUAUCAGCAGUAUAUCUCAAUUUUGAAUGUGACAUGUACUGUAUGUAUAUGCAAAAAUUGAGCUUUUUGUCAACCUCUAUGUUGCCUGAGUUUCCAACUUUUUUGCUUGCUCCGAUCCUUCAUUGUGCUUGUUAGCAAUACUACACUUUGUUAUUUUCACAAGGAGUGUAGUUCCAUGAAACGUGAAAUUUUAUUAUGUUAGGUGUACAUUUUACCUACGGCACUAACCUCUUUUAUUUGUCUAUGUAAUGACCAUAUGCAUAAAUAGUCGAAAAUGGUGUUUGAAUACUUCAUUUUUAGUUGAUUCUUACUAUGCACCUGAAUGGUUUCUAAAAUUUAAAAUUAUUAAAGAAACACAAUUUGUUUCAAAACACAUUGGAUUUGAAUUUGGACCUUGCGCCACUUGGCUCUAGCUAUGUUACAUGAAUAAGAUAACAAAAUAUGCAUGCUCAAGUAUACAUUUUCAAAGAUCCUUCAUUUUUCAUCUUAAAGGGUUUGAAGUAGUACCCUAAGUGGUUGCUAAAACCUACUUCUACUAAUGAAGUCAAAUUAUUUCAAAACACUUCGGGUUUGACAUGGUCUUUGGGCUUGCUCAAACAUGAAGUUAUUGAAAAAAUGAGAUUUCCUUGAUAUAUGGUUCUACAAGUGUGUCAUAUGGACCAAUGAAAGCAAAGAUAUUCCGGAGAUAAUAACUAUAUGGGCUACUCCAAAUGGUCUGAGAGUGGAACCAACACCUUUUAUAGGCCUUCAAGUACCUGUGUGGAAGUCUACCAUGCAAGCAUUAUCCGACGACUGGCACUCUGCUUUUUCGUACAUAUCCUCUGAAGACCAUGAUCAGACUAAGAAGAUGCCUAAAUAUGCUGUGAGGCUGCCUAUAUAUAAGUGUAUUUCUGUAAAUUGAUAUCAGUCAUUCUACUAUCUGUAAACCAAUUUAAGUCAUUCUACUAUCUGCAAUACAAUCCCCAUUACAUUAUCUUUUCAUCUACAUUUCUUACUUAUUCUUCACUAACAUUGCUUCUAAUUGGCUUCUUGCGCCAUUGGCGCAACCGGGUCAUCUAGUAUGCCUAUAUGAAGGAUAUGAUUCAAGGUCAACAACAAGGCCAUGUUUACAGUAAAGAAAUCUUCUUCUGGUAACCGAAGAAGAUUAAAGGCACAUUCUUCUUACCAUCACUGCUACCACUAUUAUUGUUUGGCCAGACAGAUUAUUCCUCUCAGCAUCUAACAUGAUGUGAACAAUAUAAGAUGAAUUACAAGACAGAAAUCUUCUUCAAAAGACUAUGUUUAUAAGCAACACAUUCUGACCAUGUUUACAAUUACUUGAUGUUGGAGCUGUCUUUGCUACUACCCUCUCUCUCUCUUUCUCUCAAUCCCAUGGUACAAACAAAGGUGAGGAGCUUUUGCCCCUGCUACAGAAGUGCAGAUAUACUAGCUCGAUGAAAUGAACCUUGUUUAGUUUAGUGAUCUGAUCUCCAAUAAUGUUUUUAUAUGAAUAAAGUGCAGAUAAAUGUCAUCAAAGAUAACCAGGGAUCGAUCCUACAACUCAUAUGGCAUUUGAACCACACACAUAUAUGAACAAUAAACUUCAGCUCGAGAUAUUCUAAUGUUACUGCACCAUCAUCUGGCACGCGAGCAGAACAAUAGCUACGACCUGCACAACGAUCACGUAAUCCUUCACACAAUUUACUUCCCUCAACGUUUUCUUCUUAUGUUUUUAGUUCAAUGGUCCCAAAUUCAAUCCCAAAAUUUGGGUAGGCAUUAAACAUACCAAUAUGAAGAGGGGGGAAACAAUAAUGCUAGACCUAUAUUUAACUCUUGUGGAUAAAACAAAAAAUUUCAGUAUUGGUCACUAUUUUGCAAGAAGAAGAUCAGGUUCUUACACUAGCGCAAGACUAUAAAAACUAGAAUGAAUGAGAAGCAACAGAAGCCCUUUAACUAUUGCACAAUAAUUUGCAUGCAUGCAUCUUGAAUUAAUUGAGUUACUCCCUGAAAAAAUAUGAGACAGAUUUGUAGUACUUAGAGAACUCUUUCUCUCAACUCUCAAGUAGUGUUUCCCAUUCCCUCCUACCACUUGGUCAUCCAUCAAUGGCAAUUUAAUUAGAACAGCAAGACACCACUGCAACCGGUUUUCUUCUAUCACCAUGACCAGUUGAAUUAAAACAGCAAGACACCACGACAUCCAUCUAUAGUCCAAAUAAAUAACACUAUCAGCUCAUUGUAACAGUAACUAGUUUCCUUCUGAGAAUCAAAGGAAUCUUUCAACGUGGUUAAGCGCUUCAUCUC